GGAUCGGCUUUCAGACCUUCAUGUCUCUCUCUGUCCUACUCCUUUCUCUCUCUCUCUCCCUCCCUCUCUCUCGGAAAGACUGAAGUGGAACUGAAACUGGAGUGGAGCUGUUAGUGUGUUCGGAGCUGUAGUUGUCAGAGGAGAACGUUGUGCCGCUGCUGCCUUGGAAACACUCUUCAGAGCACAUGUGAAGGGAAGGUGGGGGGAAGAAGUGAUAGCCUCGGGACAGAUAAGCUCCAGGGAAGAGAAAGAGGGAGGGAACAAGGGAGUGAGAGGUGGCCAGCUCUCUCUUUCUCUCUCAGUCAGACCUGCCGGCUGCUGCUCUUCUCUUCUUCCUGCUCGGGUUCCCUCUCUGCCGGUGGCAGGCUGCAGGAGUUUGUGUUUUUCUGGAUAUGAACAUGGACUGAGACAGCUACACGCAGCGAGACAUGAGAAGAGUCACCGGAGAUUCACUGAGUGGCAGCAUGUCUUUCUGAAGAAAAUUGUGGCAUGAAACCAGAUCGCGAACAUCUUCCAUUCAUCACCUCCUCCUCCUUCAUCUCCCUCCUCCACUCUCCCGUUAGGAACUCUCACCUCAGCUCCACUGCAUUGAUGAGGUAACGACAAGCUCAACGCAGCGCAGCACCAACACCACCCACCCCCCUUCCUUCUGUCAACCUCUCCACCGCAGCCAUGGGGCAGAAGAUCUCUGGCGGCAUCAAAACGGUAGACGGUCGUGGGGAAAGCGGUGGCUCCCCUUCCUACCGGCCUUCAGCGCACCGCCGGCAGCACCCGGAACUGAGGGGCCCUGAUUUCUCCAAACCUACCAGGCUAGAUCUCCUUCUGGACAUGCCAUGUGCCGGACUGGAGACCCAGCACCGCCACGCGUGGAACCCUGACGAUCGCUCGCUCAACAUCUUCAUAAAAGACGAUGAUAAACUGACAUUUCACCGCCACCCGGUUGCUCAGAGCACAGACUGUAUCCGGGGGCGGGUAGGCUACACAAGGGGUCUUCACGUGUGGAGGGUCCACUGGCCCUCCCGGCAACGUGGCACCCACGCUGUGGUUGGGGUGGCCACCUCAGAAGCUCCUUUACACUCAGUGGGCUACACAGCGCUGGUGGGGUCGGACUGCGAGUCCUGGGGCUGGGAUCUGGGACGCAACAGGCUCUACCAUGACAGUAAGAACAGGGCACACAGCACGCUGCCCUCCUAUCCCUGUUUCCUGGAGCCGGAGGAGUCGUUCACCUUGCCGGACUCUCUGCUAGUAAUUCUGGACAUGGAUGAAGGGACGCUGAGCUUCAUGGUGGAUGGACAGAAUCUAGGUAUCGCAUUUCGAGGACUGAAAGGCAAGAAGCUGUAUCCUGUCGUCAGCGCUGUGUGGGGACAUUGUGAGAUCGCCAUGAAGUACAUCAACGGCUUAGAUCCCGAGCCCCUCCCUCUGAUGGACCUGUGUCGGCGUGCGGCCCGCAUGGCGCUGGGUCGGGAGCGGCUUCAGGAGAUCGAGGGCCUGCCCCUGCCCCAGUCCCUGAAAAAUUACCUCCAAUACCAGUGACUGACACCAGCAGAGCCAACUGGGAGUACAAGGACACAAACCAGACCUCCAGAAAGAUGGAUGCAUUAACGAAAUGAAUGAAAGGAUGAUGGAUGGAAGCAUGUCCACACUGAGAGCGCCAUAGCUCCACAACAGAUGGGUGUAUUAAAGGAUGGAGAGAAGGAAAGAUGGUGGGAGAACUGAAAGAGGACGUCCAGGCUUUCAAACAAAGACAGCACCAGCUUCUCUUGGAUUUCAAGCUGCUUUUUCAUUUGUUUUUUGACUUGAAAUAAAUUAUUGAUGAUGGUAUCCCAUCAGCGGCUCACUCAUCCAGAAAGGAAACCCAUGGUGUGGGGAAGAGGCGACAGUGUCCAGAUGAACACCGCCACCUAGUGAUGAGAAGGAACACUGCACAGAGAAAGCACACUAAUCCUAUCCUGGAGGCCUUUCUGACUACAGUCAGUGACCAUAUCAUUGCUGUUGACUCUGUAUUCUCCUCUGGCGAAGGUGACAGGAUGCCAAGAGGAUUUUAGCACUAAUGUUGUUUUUAUCUGAUUGACUCGGGGCCUGACUAAAAGCUCACUACGCAUACAGAAUAGACAAAAAACAUGGCUGCAAGGGGGAUGCAAAAUGAAACAGGCAUACUGAAUUUCUCUCCUGGCUUUAUGCAGACAUUUUGUACGGGAGUGAAGCCCUUUUCAGACAUGGUGGUUAUAGUGUGUUAAUUAAUGGAAAUAUUCACCAUACUCAGUAUUUAGCACCAGGUGAACGAGAAGUAGUGAUGGAGUUGAAAAGUCAUGAUGUUAAUGAUGAAUAGUGGGUCAGUGAUGAUUUUAAAAUGUGUUCAAAUCUUGAUUAAUGUGCAUAGUCAGUGUGAGAAGCUACCACCCGUUCCAACUUAUAAUUUCACAUUGUAUUAGUUUAUUUUAUUCUGCUGCUUUUUUAUACUAUAAUGUCCCAAUACAGAAUGACAAGUCUCUCGUGCCUGUAUGCUGUAUUUGAACACUUUUAUAUACAGGAUAUUUAUCAUUUCGUCCAUGCAGUUAGCCUGAAUGUUACUUGAAAAAAGAUUGGCGGUGUGUUGGUUUUAAUGUUUUUUAUUUUUAUUUCUACCUCUUUUGCCCCAUGCUGCAUGGGGAAAUAAAAUCAUUUUAAGCAUCAAUCUGAAA